AGCGCAUUUUUCCUCAGCAAAGUGCCUCCAGUUUAUGCUCGGGAUUUACAUUUAAUGAUCCAGAGUGUCGUGGUGUUGUAGUCGGAGAUGACUAUGUUUUCAGCAUAAAGGCAAAUCUUUCAGACUGUGGCACUAUACUGGCCUCAGAUGACACACACAUCAUGUUCAUAAACACUAUACACAAUAACUACUCAGAUAUUAUCACAAGAAACUACAUCAACAUAACAUUUGUGUGCCGCUACCCCAUCAACUACAUGGUCCAACAACCCAACGGGGAAAAUAUGAUCAGAGUGGAUGUCAGACCCAUCACUCUCAACACGGAGGACGGGAAUUUCUCAGUGUCGAUGUUGCUGUAUAAAGAUGCAGCCUUUGAGGACGAGUGGACCACCGUGCCAUCACUGACCCUGGAGGAUAACAUAUUUGUAAAAGUUUUCAUGAUACCUUCUCAUCUGCUGCUGCGUAUGGAGAGAUGUUGGGCAACACCGACAAGUGAUCCAUACAGCAAUAUUCAGUACACCUUCAUCGGAGACAGCUGUCCAGUGUUGACCAACGAACAGACUCUGACCGUUCUGAAGAAUGGUCAGGGCCCAGAGGCCAUGUUCAGGAUACAAAUGUUUAAGUUUGUCGGCAGCUCUUACACCAACGUCUUCCUUCACUGCAACGUCCAGAUCUGCCACGAAUGGUGCCAACCUAACUGUUCCAGUGAAGAUGGACCACUGAGAACACGGAGAGACAUCCCACUGUCCCAUACAGUGUCUUACGGACCCAUAAGGCGACUAUUAAACCACAGCGAGAAGCCCAAACUGAAUGCAGGGGGAGGCCCAGCUGUGGAGACCUUUGUCCUCGGAGGACUCCUGGUUGUCUUACUGCUGAUAACAGGAGUGUUUGGGAGGUUGUGGCUUCACUCCAGACAUUUCUACCCAGCACGAGAAGCACAGCUUACUCUGUCCAACAUUCAGCACAUCUCAGAGGGGGCCUCAUGAAUUGCAUGAACUUUGUACAACUGGCAAAUGGCCAUAGAAAAUAUAAUGUGUUGCAUGUUUUGCUCUUUAGAAAAGAAUUUGCUUGAUUUGUAAAAAGCAAUGUAAUAAACAUUUCUUUUAAGGGUGUUCCUGAUUUGAGGAAUGUGACAUUUUGAGAUACUUGUACUUUAU